GUACGCCAUUCGCCAUUUGUAGUUUGCUUCUUGUGUUGACAAGUACGGACGAAGACGUUGUGUUGGAAUUACUAUCAAAUUAAUUUUUGUGUAGAAGGUAAGCUUUUACAAAUAUUUACUUUAUUCACAGAGAAAGAGAAGUCUACAAUAAUUUACUCCAAAAUCGAUACAAUACCAACAGUCGUUACGAGACAAUGCUAAAAUUCUUUUAUUCGUUUAUUAUAAAAUAUAUGCCGUUAACUUUUCUAUUACUAAGUAUUAAUAAGUCCACCUUCGUUAAAAAUGUAUUUUAUUUGUUCUUUCCGAAUGUGUACCGCCUCGAGUCGGUUUCGUCACAAGCGAUUUGGUGUUGCCAGAUUUUAUAAAGCGACGCCAUUACAAAUUAAAUUGUUUUCCAGAUGUUUAUAAUAUUUUGGUUAUUUCCACUUUGUGUAUAUUGUGGUACCUACUCUUUCUUAAAAUGUAAUUUACCAUCUUAUUUUUUUUUAAGUAUGUAAACGUUUUUUUAUGAAUAAAUUUAACACUAUCGAUUGAAGUCUAAAGCAGUACUUGCAUGCUUGCGUUUAAUUUCAUUAUUUUUGAUUCAAAAGUCAUAAAUACUUCUACGUUGUAUUUUACCUAGGUCAAGUGAUAAUUUACGACAUUCAGUUUGUUAUUUGAAACAUUUCGUUACAUUACCUGGCUGUAGAAGCGGCCAUUUUGUUUACGUGUUGUAUCAUAUACAGGGUCCCAUAAACAACUUAUCUGACGUUAGUGAUCAAAGAAAUUUUUUUUUACAAUUUCUUGAAUAUAAUCCUUUGGAUAACGAAAAGCAGUUUUGUUUUAAAAUGAUAUCAACUGAAAAGAAAUCUGGCAACACUAUUUGAGUGAAAAUCGUUGAUGUCAUGGGUGUUGGAGAAAAAAGUAUGAUACUUAUAAUACGCUUGUAUGACGUUAAUUUUCCGAUCUCGUGGCGUGUUGUAUCACGGUGUCUUUAAAUCGUUCGAGUUUCAGGCAUUUGUGUAAGUAUUACACUACAUACCGACUCGGCUCGCAUCGUUUAUUGAAGUUAUUCAUCCUCGAUACUACUCCGGAUAGACGCAGCACGAUGCCGGGUUUUAGCAGCGCGGGUACGUUCAAAAUAUUUAUCGGGAACUUGGCCGAAAAGACAAACAACAGCGACAUCAGACCACUAUUCGAGAAAUACGGCAAGGUGGUGGAAUGUGACGUGGUCAAGAAUUACGGUUUCGUACAUAUGGAGAAUGAGUCGGAGGGUCGCGAUGCAAUUCAAAAUUUAAACGGCUAUGUCGUCAACGGGUCGCCAAUCAAGUGCGAGGCGGCCAAAAGCCGUAAAGCACCCACGACACCUACCACGAAAAUCUUCGUCGGAAACCUGACUGAGAACACAAAGGCACCCCAGGUGCGUGAGUUGUUCAAAAAGUACGGGACCGUGGUGGAAUGCGACAUCGUACGCAACUACGGUUUCGUGCAUUUAGAGUCGUCCGGGGACGUGAACGAAGCAAUCAAAGAAUUGAACGGCACGCCGGUGGACGGGCAGCCGAUGAAGGUGCAGUUGUCGACGAGUCGCGUGCGUCAACGUCCGGGAAUGGGCGAUCCGGAACAGUGCUACCGCUGCGGACGCGGUGGUCACUGGUCCAAGGAGUGUCCCAAAGGCAUGGGACCCGACCGAUUCCGCGACCGCAUGUUUGCCAGGGACCCCUAUCCGCCGCCGCCGCCACCACCGUUCCUUCGUGACCGGAUGAUGGGCCGAUUUGGGGACAGCUACGAUAGUUACUACGAGCGUCGUUACGAUGAUGGUCGGGAUCUCUAUGAGCGCCGCUACUCGGGCAUGCCUCCCCGAAGUGAGAUGGGUAUACGGGGUGGCCGUGGAGAUUUCUUGCCUCCCCCAAUGCCGCCAAGACGCGAACCUCUUCCGCCCAUGCCUAGCAUCGGCGGACCGCGAGGUUUACCCAGUAGCGGUGUUAGCAGCGGUUUAAGAGAUUCCAGUUUUGGUAGAAGCAGUAGUGACUAUGGUAUGUUUAGCAGACGAUCUCCCCCGCCGUCCGGGUCGAUACCCGGCUCGCGAAUGAGUCGCAUGUACGAAGAUUUUAGCAGGGACUCCUUCGAUGACAGGAGGCCUGGUAUUCGAGGUCCAUCACCUUCCAGAAGAUACGCCCCGUAUUAAUUUAAUCUGUAAUUCUAUUCAGUUCAUUCUAUGACGUAGGUUAGAUUAACUUGUAUGUUAUUUUUAUAUUGUAAGUGACAAAAUAAAUUUUUUUAAUAAUAAAAUUGUUAAAAUCGUU